GUUCUUCCAAAAUCAGAAUCUUCUCCUUUGAGUCUUCCGGUCUUCUCCAGCUACCCAAGUCAAAUUUCUCCGCUUCAAAACACGGCAAAAUUUCCCCGCUUCAAAACACGGCAAAAUUUCCUAAUUAGUAGUUACCCACCGUUGAUCCGCCUGCUGCCGCCACACACCUUCUUCGCCACACACCUUCUUGCCCUUUCGGGAUCCGAUCUCUCCAACGGAGUGAGGGUCUCUCCCUUUAAACCCUAGUCACCGAGCAAACUCACGACCAAAGAGCCUUUCUCUGGGCCGCCUGCCCUUUCUUCUCCAAUCCACCCAAUCACGAUAAAUCCUAGCUCAAACACCUAGAAACCAACAAGAACAAAAAAGAGGGGCAAUUUGGGAGAGAUUUUCUCUGGUAGCUUAGAGGAGGAAUCUGAACCAAAGGAGAACUCUCUGGAAAAUACGGGUUGUUCGAUUGCAAAAAGGUUGAGCUCCCAAACUCCUUGAGGGCUGGGUUCUGCCUUUUUCUUGCGGUCAAUACCUCGUUUCUAUCGAUUGUGAUGCGAUGGUGGAGACUGCUCCAUUGAGGUUUUUCGCACGUACCCAUUUAUUGGUUCAGUUUCUUCUGAAAUGGGUUGUUUUUCAGUUUUGUUUUCCUGAUAUCUGAUUGUAUAUGAACGUUAACCAUUUUGUCUUUUACACUUUAGAGGAGAUAACUAUGAUUUUGUGAAUUUGGGGGUUCAAACUGCUUUAUGUUCUGUGUGUUUUUUCUAUGGCUUAUUACAAGAAAGCCCGCUUGAAAGAUGCAGCUCUUAGCCGCUUACUAUCUUGGAUUCUAGUCACUUUGCUAGCUGUUCUGCUUUUGGUUUUUUCAUUGAGAACAUGGCCUGAGGUAGGUUUGAAUGGCUUUGAUAAUGACUGGAAUGGAAGUUAUAAUUCCUCAGAACUUGAAAAGCUCGGCCUCCCCAAACAGAAUGAGCUUUCAAUCCGAUUGGAAAUGCAAAAUAGGUUGCCACCGAGAAAUGUAGAUCUAUAUCCUAAUUUAGCAAAGGAUCAUAUAAUUAUUGUUUUGUAUGUGCACAAUCGGCCUCAGUACCUACAGGUGGUUGUUCAGAUGUUGUCACAAUUAGCAGGCAUUAAUGAGACUCUACUCAUAGUUAGUCAUGAUGGAUACUUUGAGGAAAUGAAUGAGAUUGUGGAAGGUAUCAAAUUUUGUCAAGUGAAACAGAUUUUUGCUCCUUAUUCUCCCCAUAUCUUCUCCAACAGUUUUCCUGGUGUAUCAUCAAAUGACUGCAAGGGCAUGGAAGAUGCAGCAAAAAAGCGUUGCAUAGGGAAUCCUGAUCAAUAUGGAAACCACCGAUCUCCAAAAAUAGUGUCCUUGAAACAUCAUUGGUGGUGGAUGAUGAACACAGUGUGGGAUGGGCUAAAGGAGACAAGGCAGCACUCUGGACAUAUUCUUUUCAUAGAGGAGGAUCACUUUAUUUUUCCUAAUGCAUAUCGCAACUUGCAGAUUCUUGUAUCGUUGAAGUCUGAAAAAUGUCCUGAUUGCUAUGCUGCAAAUUUAGCUCCUUUUGAUGUGAAUUCAAGAGGAGAAGGAUGGGAUAGUUUGAUUGCAGAGAGAAUGGGUAAUGUCGGUUAUUCUUUUAAUCGGACUAUUUGGAGAAAAAUCCAUAAGAAGGCAAAAGAAUUUUGUUUCUUUGAUGAUUACAAUUGGGAUAUAACAAUGUGGGCAACUGUUUAUCCUUCAUUUGGUAGUCCAGUUUUCACAUUGCGGGGUCCUAGGACUAGUGCAGUUCACUUUGGCAAGUGUGGUUUGCAUCAGGGCCAAGGGCAGGGUGGUGCUUGCAUUGAUAAUGGGUUGGUAAAUAUUCGAGUAGAAGAUAUGGAUAAGGUUCCUAAUAUCAAAUCACAUUGGGAAGUGCAUGUUUACGAGCAUCAGCCAGGGUAUAAAGCCGGAUUCAAAGGUUGGGGAGGCUGGGGAGAUAACAGAGAUCAUCAGUUGUGCUUUAAUUUUGCUCAAAUGUAUAUUAACAGGUUUCCUUCACCCUGAAAAGUGGAGGCUGGGGAGGUACCAGAGAUCAUCAGUUGUGCUUGAAUUUUGCUCGAAUGUAUUCAUUUGAUUAACAAUUCUCCUUCACCUUGAAAAGUGGAGUUGUCUGCACUUCUCCUUUUCUUAUUUUGCAACGACUGAGAUCUUGAUUAUUAUUGUUUAGUAAUUUUGUUAUGCUGUUAUCAAUAGCUGUUGUAUUUUUAACAUUGUAUAACUCUUGAUAUCUUCCGAGUUCUGUAUUGAUGAAAACAGAUUUUCGUAUUUCCUUUGCAAAUUUGUUUGAGGCCUGGUAUUCUUGAUGGAUUUGAAUGCUUGUAAUGGAAGUACAUGAAUAGCCCUGUGAUAACACAAUAAAUUCUUUCUAUGCAA